ACCGAAAUCAACUACUAACAAUAGCAACGAUGUCAAAGUUAUGCUAAAACUUUUGGAAUUGUUUCUCAAUCACUUGGAGCAUGAAGGACGAAGUCGAUGAUUUUUAAUACUCUUUUUAUGAAGUAGAAUAUGAAGGCUUUAGCGGUAUAUUUGCUAGUGAUUUUGGAAUACAUGUGUAUUGGCCAUUUGGAGGCAGGAGAUACAUUUUUCUUCAAUGAAACAUCAUUCAUGCAAGUGACAACUGCAACCAUUCCUCUUAAACAAGGAUUUGACCUUACCUUCAGGACAUGUCAAGGUGGUGYUUUAUUGUAUCAAGGAGGAGAUGGAGAUGAUUAUGUUUUAUUACGAGUCAGUCCAGGCACUGUAAACWAUAACAUAUCUGUCAGCCCACCCCAUUUUACCCCAAGUCGCUUGACACUACAAUGGAAGGUUCAUGGAGUUGAAGGCUCAGUUCAUGCUGGCAAUGAACUUGAUAAAAACUACAUAAAUACAGUGAGUUUUGAUCCAGGCAGCUCAUCAGUGAAUGCAACCAUAAAAAUAGUUGGACCAAACAUUUACUCUGCAGUAGUGCCUAAAGAUAUAUUAAACUUUACGAGAAGUGGACCCAUGUAUGCUGGUGGUAACUUCAGUAAUACUAGUUCAAUUAAGGGAUUUGUUGGCUGUAUUGAGAGUGGAAGAAAUAUUCAUCUUGUUAUGUCACAAGGAGCAACAAAUGUGCAAGCAGGRUGUCCACUGGAUUCUCAAGCAGGCUGCACUAGGAAAAAAUGUGAUUCUGGUUUCACUGGAUAUUACUGUGAAGUGAACAUCAAUGAAUGUAGUGGAAAUCCUUGUCAUUCAUUCAGUACUUGUGUUGAUGGCAUCAAUUCUUAUAWAUGCAUCUGUGGAUCACARUGGASUGGGRAGAACUGUGACACAUUUCUUGGUUCACUUUGUGAUGMCAAACCAUGUAAGAAUGGAGGAGUGUGUAAGGAAUCAUUUGACAGGAACAACUACACAUGUACAUGCCCUGCAGGAUGGACAGGAAGGAACUGUGAUUCGUCAUUUAAUCCUUGUGAUUUGUCACCUUGUUUUAAUGAUGGUACAUGCCACAGGGACAGCAAUACCAGUAAUGGCUUCAUCUGCACUUGUCAAAAGGGGUUCACAGGCAUCAAGUGUGAGACUAACAUCAAUGAUUGUGCCUCUCUUCCAUGUGCUAAUGGAAAGUGUGUUGAUGGUGUUAAUAACUUCACCUGUAACUUUGCUGGAAUAUGUGAGUUGGAUGUUUGUUAUCCCAAUCCAUGUGAGAACAACGGAACAUGUAGAUUAUCUCUGGUCAAUAAUUAUGACUUCAAUUGUACAUGUCAACAAGGCUUUACAGGACAUAACUGCUCCAUAAACAUUGAUGACUGUCAGUCAAACACAUGUGUGCAAAAUGCAACCUGUAUUGAUGGAAUCAAUAACUACACCUGUCAAUGCCCAUCUGGUUACCAUGGUGAUUUCUGCCAGAUUGAAAUUGAUGAAUGUGCCUCCAACCCGUGUAAGAAUAAUGCAACAUGUUCUAAUGAGAUUGGUUAUUACAAGUGUCAUUGUCUGAGUGGUUUUAAUGGUACACAAUGUGAGAUCAACAUAGAUGACUGUCCAUCACAUGGAUGUAAUAAUGGGACAUGUGUAGAUGGUGUUAACAAUUAUACCUGCAUAUGCAACAAAGGAUUUCAAGGAGAAUUCUGUGAUAGAGACAUAGAUGAGUGUCUCAAUAAUGCAUCUUGUAUGAAUGGAGGAACAUGUCAGAACACCAUUGGCUCAUAUCAUUGUGCUUGUAAUGAGUUUACUAAUGGCACCCACUGUGAACUGGACAUUGAUGAGUGUGAGAAGAAGACUAUUUGUAACACAGGACUGUGUAGUAACUACAUCUACACUGGAUACAGGUGCUAUUGUGAUUAUGGAUGGACAGGUAAAAACUGUUACCUGAACAUUGAUGACUGUGCUCUAAACAGAGAUCCUUGCAAAAAUGGUGGAAUAUGUGUUGAUCGGAUCAAUAAGUACACAUGUGUAUGUACCUCAGGAUGGGAAGGAAAAGACUGUGAUCAAGAUAUAGAUGAGUGUGCAUUAGGAUACUGUAAGAAUGGUGCUACGUGUAAUAAUGGGAAUGGUACUUACRACUGUACAUGUGUACCUGGAUAUACAGACAACAACUGUUCUACAGACAUCAAUGAAUGUGCCAGCAACCCUUGCUACAAUGGAGCCACUUGUAAUGACCAUGUUAAUUACUUCAACUGUACRUGUGUUCCUGGCUACACAGGGUACAACUGUUCCAUAGAAAUAGAUGAAUGUGCCUCUGAUCCUUGUCAAAACAACGCUACAUGUAAUGAUUUAAUCAAUGAGUUCAACUGCUCUUGUCCAGCUAAUUAUACUGGUCGUCUUUGUGAGUACCCAGUUUCUCGCUGUCGGCCCAACAACCCUUGUCUUAACAAUGGCACAUGUUUGGAUCAAGGUCUUGAUAACUACACCUGUAGCUGCAUACCAGGAUUUGGUGGGAAGAAUUGUGAAAACAGUACGACUAUCAGCAUGAAUGGCUCUUCUUACAUGGCAUUCGAUGUUGGUAAAAGUAUCCUAACUAUAUCAUUACAGUUCAGGACUACUUUGAAAUAUGGAGUCUUGGCAAUUGACUCUGGAGGGAAACUCUUGAUACAGUUAAAARGAGAAGGAUUGUUAGUGACUUUUGACAGUGAAAGCUGUACUGUUGGCUCUAAUGCAAACCUAACAGAUGGACAUUGGCAUCAAGUCCUUGUUAACCUGACAAGUACAUCUAUUCAAAUAAACAYAGACAACUCUUCUUGUAGUGAUUGUACAAAGACGAUGAGCCGUUCAUCCAWUGAUGUCUUGUCAAAGCUGUUUAUUGGUGGACUAACCAACAUWGGAAAUAUGAAGCUGUURAUUGGCUGUAUUCGUGCAGUURAGGUUGAUGGACUGACAGUAAUCCCAACACAGAGUGAUGUAAAACUUGUUAAUGUCASCAGUGGGUGUCCACGUGUACCAGUAUGCCAGCCUAAUCCAUGUGUUAACGGAAGAUGCAUCGAUGAAUGGCUWGAUUACAAAUGUGAAUGUAACAGGCCAUGGACUGGUGACCAGUGUAAUAAAACCUUCAUCGCAGGAACAUUUGGUGCACAGACAACACUUAACAAUGCUGCUCAAAGAAGAAGAAGAAGGUCAYUGGUACAGUCCAAUCUUAACACAAGCUACGCCAAGUUUGCGACUCCUACAACAUUCGGCAUGUUGAGCGAGCUGUCUUUCUUCAUAAGAACAAGAGAGAAUAGUGGUUUGAUAGCUUUUUUUACUGGGGCUUCAGGCCACAUUACGGUGAUCCUUUCUAAYGGCUCUAUAUCAGUACAGUCUACUAAAGGGGGCUCCAAGAACUUGUUAACUCUCAACCCAAAGGUCAAYGAUGGACAAUAUCACUUUAUUUCCAUAAAUGUUAAUGAGUCUAAGGUUGAUAAUGUAACUGCAUCUGGUAUGACUUUACMUUCGUCUAUUGAUUUGUCAAGUACAUACCUUGGUGGACUUAAAAAUUGGUUAGAGUUCUCAGAAGAUGUUGUCAUGACAAGGAAAGGUUUGCGUGGUUGCAUUCAAGACAUGCGUYUUAACAACAAGCUCUUCUUGUUUUUCAAAGACSCUACAUCUCUAGACAGKUACCAACUUGUUGAGAAUCAAGGKUUGGGUAAGGGCUGUCCAGGAGAGAAUAUGUGUGCUUCUUUUCCUUGUGGAGGCAAAGGAAGAUGUGAAGAUACUUGGAAUGAUUUUAAGUGUUACUGUAAUCGAUUUUAUGGUGGAAGAAACUGUUCACUUUAUGGCUGCUCACUGGUACAACCAUGUGAUGGAGGAAGCAAAUGYAUGGAURUUGAUAAUGGACAGUUUGAGUGUGUCAGUCCUGCUACAUUUAAUGCAAGCCUCAGCAAAGCCAAGUUUACAUUGGUUUCUWAUUCCCACUUGACUCUUAAGCCACACUUCUCGUUUAGCCUGAGAACCCGUCAGAAUCAUGGAACAAUAUUCACUGCAUCGCAAAAUAAUCAGAAGCUAAUAGUCAGAGUAGACAAUGGCACUCUAAAUGUAACGUAUGAUCUUGAGAGCGCAUCAGGAAAUAUCUUAUCAGCAAAGGCUAUAAACGAUGGUAAAUGGCACAAAGUAAUGGUCAAUCUAUCAAAUUCAGCUAAGCUGGAGAUCGAUGGAACCGUGGAAAGCUUUUCAGAACCACCAUUAACUGAACAGGCUCUUCAAAACCUUCUUAAUAUGACAUCUCUUUAUAUUGGAUCUGACACACAAAUGCCUUUCAAAGGUUGUCUUGACAACCUGCGAGUAGGUGGGGCUUUGCUGCCAUUCAAACAGUACUACAACUCAAGWUACAAUGUCAGUCAUGUAACACCAUUGAAGCCUCAUUUUGAUGYGGAAAUGACUGGUGUUUCUCUUGGUUGUCAAAGUGAUGCUGUAUGUAGGUUCCAACCCUGUACUCGUGGCAAUUGCUCAGAUGUUUGGGAUGCUUUUAARUGCACUUGCCCAGAAGGAUAUGCAGGACUAAAGUGCAAUAAUACAGCUAACGUGACRUGUGCCCACCAACCAUGUUUUAAUAAUGCUACAUGUUCCAACAACAUGACAGCACAUUUGGAAAGCAGUUUCCAAAUCAGUGAUUUUGGUAAAGACAGGUUUGUGUGUCAGUGCCCAGCAGGAUAUCAGGGAAGACAGUGCAAGRAAGYAACAGAUGAAUGUUCACCAUCACCUUGUCUGAAUGGAGGCAACUGUACAGACCUUCAUCUCAACUACAGUUGUUCUUGUGUUACUGGCUAUACUGGCAGAAAUUGUGAGAUCAACAUURAUGAUUGUGUUGGAAAUAACUGUACAAACAAUGCAACAUGUGUUGACGGUGUGAAUAAGUACACAUGUAACUGUACCGAAGGAUUUAAUGGCACACUYUGUCAACAUGAUAUCAAUGAGUGUGACCUAAAAGUAUGUUACAAACUUGGUUCAAAUAACUGUACUAACACUGUAGGAUCAUAUGAAUGCAAAUGUAAAGAAGGUUAUUAUGGAAGAAAUUGUGCAUAUAAUGCUACCGAGUGGUGCAUGAUAGGAAAGCCCUGUCGCCAUGGAAAUUGCAGUGGAAACUCUACUGGAUUUUAUUGUUCUUGUUUUCAUGGGUGGGAAGGAAUGACAUGUACUGAGGAUAUCCGUGAGUGUGCAAGUAGUCCAUGCAAAAAUAAUGGCACCUGCAUAGAUAGUCACACUCCAAAUCAAUCAUUCUUCCCUGGUUAUCAUUGUAAAUGCACAGUUAAUUACACWGGACAGGACUGUGACAAGCUGGUUGACCCYUGUGAUACAUCUCCAUGUGUCAAUGGCACAUGCAGUAGGAUAUCMUACAAUAAAUAUCAUUGCAACUGUACUGAAGGCUUUGGAAACAUGAAUUGCAGUGGUUUACKGAAAUACUGUCAGCCGAACCCUUGUAAAAACAAUGCACUGUGUGAGCCUUUAAUGGAUGACUACAAUUGCCAAUGUGAAGAGAAAUACAUAGGGAAGAACUGCAGUGAGUUUAAAGACAAAUGUGACUCCAAUCCAUGUAURAAUGGAGGAACAUGCCGAAGUCUAUCAUCAGGUUACAAUUGUUCUUGUGAACCUCGGUUUACAGGUGCAAACUGCCAGAACAAAGUUGAUUAUUGUAAAGAUAUCAAAUGUCAACACCAAGGUACCUGUAUCUCUGAGUAUGGAAAUUUCACAUGUAAUUGUACUGAUAAGUAUGUAGGRAGGUUUUGUGAAGUUCCUAAAGUUACUGAACCCUUGACACACAAAGCAGAAGAGCCUAUAGGACUAAUUAUUGGAGUGAUAGCUGCGUGUAUACUUCUCAUUCUUUUAAUUUUAAUUUUAGUAGUAUUGUAUAAAAAACGAGCAGGCAAUGGUACCUAUAGUCCAAGCAAACAAGAAAUGGAUGGAGGAAGAGUAGAGUUGAACUCAGUGUUAAAACCACCCAAUCAGGAGAGACUUAUUUAAUAUCUAGACAUAUGUCGGCAUAACAAGCAAAAUUAAUAUUAUCAGGGUUGUGAUAACGAAGUUUUUAAAAACCAUGUUUUUAAAGAAGAACACAUACUGUAAUAUGCAUUGUCAUGUCAGCCACAAAAAYUGCUUAAUGCAUGCUAAUAUGGAUCAUACGCAUACCAGUAAUUAGACAUUCCCUGUCUUUAUAAGAUAGUGAAAAGGAAGCCAAACACAGUUUUCCUAUAACAGGCUUGUGUUGCCCUUUUUGCAGAAACAUGUAGCAAGCAUUUGCUUUUUUGAUUGAAGGUUGGCAUCAGAUAUUUAUUCUACUCUAUUUAUGAUUUCCUAAAUCGAAAACUAAGAAUUUUAUUUUCCAUGUAGCAUACUAAUAUAAGAUGCUAUAUUCACGUUUUAAUACCUACAUUCAUUGAUUAUCCAGUAAUAUCAUUGUUUUCGUUUUUACUUUUUUUUUACAGAAAUUAAUUCAGACCCAAUAAAAUUUACUUUUAUGGCAAGUGCAUCUAUUGCAGGGCCCAGUWGUUCAAAGCCCRAUUAGUGCUUAUCCUGGGUUAACUCUUAAUAAGACCUAUAGAGUUAAUCCUGGAUUAGCGCUAAUCGAGCUUUGAACAACCUGGCCCAGGUCUAUAAAUCUUGAAUCCUGUCCAAGCAUUCAGUAUUCUGCACUCUGGUUGGCUGAGCUACUAGUGGUCUAUUCGUGAUAUAGACCACACUAGUAUGGAAAAUUGCUGGUUUCGAAACCCCCCUCCCCCCCCCAAAAAAAAACCAAAAAAAGCAGUAAGGCCAUGUUUUGAAGCUAAUUUCAAAACAAGUUGGUUUAGACUAAAAUGAUUAGACCUCUCACCCUCAUGGUUCUGUAACCCUCAUGGCCUAUUGUGGCUGUGAAUCUAAUUGUUAAAUAGCUUUUUGCAAGAUGUUUGACACCCCACCCUUUUUAAGAUAGAAAGAAGUAUGGCUCCAAAUGCCCACUUGUGAGUGCUCAGUUCCAAACCAUGRUUUUUAGAUUAUGAUUAAUUUACUAUUAAUUCAUUUAUCUUCAAGGCCCAAAAAUAAGUUAUUUUCUUAAAUUCUUAAGGCAAAAGAGUAAAUACUUUAUAAUUUUAUGUGAUAAGAAAUUUAAAAAGUGUAUAAAGUAACACUGUACAAUUAAGUACACUGCUGCUUCUAUUUUAUCAGAUAUCAGUGAAAUGUGUUCUAUAUAACAAAUGUUUUUAGGAUGUUAGUUUCAUGCUUGUAUCAAAAAGCAGUUUGAGAAAGUGAUAAUAUCCAACCAUUAAAAAAUAAAUAAAAUUUGAUUGAAACAUG